UGAACUAGUCGGCCGAUCGUCCAUUUGACACUGCUUGACACCCCUUCCCUUCCACUCGUUUCCGCCGUUUACAUUCCAAUUUUACGUCGAAUAGGUGUGAUUAAUUGAACCUAUUGCUGUUUUAUGAUCGCUCGAGUGAGUCUUGGCGAGAGCUGUCACCACAAUCCGGUAAGCUCUCCUCUGGCAUCGGAAUCUCACGAACGGAGCGGAGGAACAGCAACGCCACUCCUUGUCAACACAACCUUCUUGUCCUGGCGGUCCAGAGUGUAGAUUUCGGAAACUAGAAUUUACGUCGAGAAACCUGCCACUUGUCAGCAGUCCCCACAAUGUUUCGGUCUUCAAUGAUGGCACCUCAAAUGUCUCCUCAAGAAGAACAGGAGAAGAUGCUCGACGAAGCGUUGGGAAUAGUAAAGUCACAAGCAUUUCAAAUGAAACGCUCCUUGGAUAAUGGAAAACUUAUGGAUGGCUUGAAAAAUGCAUCAACAAUGCUUGGAGAACUACGUACUUCAUUGUUGUCUCCAAAAAGCUAUUAUGAACUAUAUAUGGCCAUUACAGAUGAACUUCGACAUCUGGAACUUCAUCUAUAUGAUGAGUUUCAAAAAGGACGGAAAGUAACGGAUUUGUAUGAACUGGUGCAGUAUGCAGGAAACAUUGUCCCGAGACUAUAUCUUCUCAUCACUGUCGGUUUAGUCUACAUUAAAACAAAUUCUUGUUUGAAACGGGAUCUUCUCCGGGAUUUAGUUGAGAUGUGCCGAGGAGUGCAACAUCCAUUAAGAGGCCUUUUCCUUCGCAACUACCUGCUUCAAGUUACAAGGAAUAUAUUACCUGAUAACCCCGAAGGGGCAGAAGAAUCAGAGGGAACGGUACGAGAUGCUGUUGAUUUUGUCUUGAUGAAUUUUGCUGAAAUGAACAAAUUGUGGGUGCGUAUGCAGCAUCAAGGACAUUCACGGGACAAGGAGAGACGUGAAAGGGAGAGAGAAGAGCUUAAGAUUUUAGUUGGUACAAACUUGGUUCGGUUGUCACAGCUUGAAAAUGUGAAUCUAGACUUGUAUAAAAAGCUUGUCUUACCUGGGAUCUUGGAGCAGGUUGUAAGCUGCAGAGAUGCAAUUGCUCAGGAAUAUCUUAUGGAAUGCAUCAUACAGGUUUUCCCUGACGAAUUUCACCUUCAGACUCUCAAUGCAUUUUUGGAGUCUUGUGCCCAACUACAGCCUGGUGUAAAUGUUAAGAAUGUUAUCAUUUCUCUGGUCGACCGACUAGCAACCUUCUCUCAGCGAACGGAAUCAUCUGGUGGUAUUCCUAAUGAUGUGAAGCUGUUUGACAUUUUUUCUGAGCAAGUUGCCUCUGUUAUACAGUCACGACAGGACAUGCCUCCAGAAGAUAUGGUUUCUUUGGAAGUUUCUUUGGUAAACCUGGCUCAUAAGUGCUAUGCAGACAGAGUGGAUUAUGUUGACAAGGUUUUAGGCUGUACUUUGCACAUCUUUGAGAAGUUGAAUGUCGAACGUGUCAGCUAUGAGAGUGCAGUCUCACGGGAGCUCAUGCGGCUAAUGAAAAUUCCUGUUGACCAGUAUAACAAUAUUCUGACUGUCUUGAAGCUCCAACAGUAUGCACCUCUUCUCGAGUACUUUGACUACAAGGGCCGCAAGUCUUUGGCAGCUUACAUAAUCAUAAACAUUCUUGAAAAUGACACACUUAUUCCAACACCUGAGGAGGUUGAUACUGUGUUGACCAUGGUGGCUUCUCUAAUCACUGAUCAACCAGAUCAGCCACAUGAGGAGGAAGACCCAGAAGACUUUGCUGAGGAGCAGGGGCUUGUAGGCCGGUUAAUACACCAUCUGAAGUCUGAGGUGCCAGACCAGCAAUAUCUUAUUUUAAGUGCUGCACGGAAACAUCUUGGGGCAGGGAAGGCAGAAGGAAACAGAAGAAUUAAGUUCACACUUCCUCCAAUAGUAUUCCAAGCAUAUCAGUUAGCAUACAAAUAUAAGGCUCUGAAAGAUCAGGAUGAUAUGUGGGAGAAAAAGUGUCAGAAAAUUUUCAAGUUCUGUCAUCAAACGAUUACUGCCUUAAUGAAGGCAGAACUUGCUGAACUGCCACUUCGAUUGUUCCUCCAAGGAGCUCUAGCUGUUGGUAGGAUUCAGUUUGAAGACUAUGAAACAGUUGCUUAUGAAUUCAUUUCUCAAGCAUUCUCUAUCUAUGAGGAUGAAAUCUCAGACAGUAAGGCACAGUUAGCUGCUAUGACUUUGAUGGUUGGAACAUUUGAGCAGUUGGCAUGUCUUAGUGAAGAGAAUGCUGAGCCUGUGCGCACUCAGUGCACCCUAGCUGCUUCUAAACUACUGAAGAAGCCGGAUCAGUGUCGUGGAGUAGCAACAUGCUGUCAUCUCUUCUGGUCAGGGAAAAAGAUAAGUGGAGAGGAGCAACAUGAUGGAAAACGAGUUUUAGAUUGCCUCAAGAAAGGAGUACGCAUUGCAAACCAGUGCAUGGAUUCCUCAGUUCAAGUGCAACUCUUUGUUGAAUUGCUCAACCAUUACCUCUAUUUCUAUGAGAAAGGAGACGAUCAGGUUACAGUUCAAAUGUUAAAUCAUCUGAUUAGCAAAAUUCAUGAAGAGUUGCCCAAUUUAGAAACAAAUGAGGAAACUGAGCAAAUCAGCAAACACUUUAGUAAUACUUUAGAUCAUCUUCGUAAUAGAAUGGAAUCUCCUGAGGCAGAUGGCGUGAGCUAUGAAGGACUUGUUCUCUGAGGUUCAGAUGAUUUUCUCCAAACGUGCAUCUUGAUGACCAGUAAUAACUGAAUUACUCUUGUUUUCAGAAUGCACAAGUGAAGACGUAAACUCAGUGACCCUCUAUGAUAAGAUGUAUUACAGGGUACACCUAACGAUAUCUUGUUUUUAAGUUUAGUAAAACCUGGUUUGUUUUACUGACAUUUCUACUUUCAAUGUUCCCCAUACACUACUGGGUUAGUUAAAGUUUAUCUAAUCAAAGUUUGUUCAUUAUCCCAUUUUUACUUAUUGAACUCAUGGUUCAUACAAUACAAUCUCCACCUAAUUCAGCAUGCUUAAUAGUUUCAAGAACUAUUUUCUAGAGAUUUGUUUGCUUGUGAUUUAGUUUUGUGAUUUUUGCUCUCAAAAGAUGAAAUAGUAAAUUGUAAUCGAUGAUCUGUUAACUGCUUUGAUGAGCCUCUGAAAUGUACUAGGAUUGGUUUAUUUUUCUAAAGUUCAUUCUCAUGUUGAGCUGAAAGCAGGCAGGGAGAAAACUAGUAGAUUUACACAAAAUAAUGUGAAACGGGAGAGAUGGUUCUCAAAUAUAUGGUAGUUAAUUGAAUGUGUCUACACAGUCCUCCCAUUGAUCAAUGCUGAUGUGUACUAUUCACCUUAUUGACUGUGAUUUUUCAGGCUGAGUUAAUUCUGUUUGUUAAGACUUGUCAAUCGUAUGACGAUAAUCAGCCUGUUUAUGGUUUUGCGUUGUUAUAGUUAAAGAAGGUGGCAUCCUUAAUGUGUCUGUUCUUCCUAACAUACAAACUUGCAUCUCAAAAUUGUUUUCAAAUUUUCUGAAAUAAUUUGUUGUAAGAAUGUGGCCAUUCUUCAAUUAUUUUAAAAUAGCUUUAGUAUAAAUGGUUGUUGCAAGCACCCAGAUUUUUAAUAGAAGAGAUUAUUGAUAUAUUUUGGAAUGAAAUAAGUUUGUAUCAUUUUUAAGAAUGAAUCUUUUUACUUGUAUUAUGAGGGUUAAGUGAAAUUGAAUUCAGUUUCAGAAUGUGUUGCAACAUAUGAAGUGUUCUGCUGGUCAGUCAAACCCGUGUUACUCAUUUAAUCCAUUAUCAUAUACGAUUGUUUGUAUUAUAUUUCAUGGCCAAGUGCAAUCUUUUAUAGUUGUUGUUUUUUUUCCCCUUUUAGAUGUGUGUAUCCCUUUUCAUGAUCUGUAGAUUGCAUGUUUUGUUUAGUGCAGAAAUGUUAUAUCAGUAUACCAUGUAUACUCCCAUGAACUUGCAUUUCUGUUUGUUAUAUUGGCCUAGUGACAUUUGCCCCCUUUUUUUACUGGUUGUAUUUGUUUCCAUGCACUGGCUACAUACUUUUUAAAUACAAACAUGUAAAGUAAUAGAGGAAUAAAGAAGAAAUCUGUAUCA